UACCAUCCCACAAGGAGCUCCCUCCCGAUGGAGGAUCGUCCGCCCCCGCCGGGUCUGUCUGGCCCGGGGAGCCCCAUGGGGCGGAGGGAGGAGCGCGCAGGGCCAUGUGAGCAGCUGGCGGCGGCAGCGGCCUCGGGGAAGACAGAUGGGGUGAGAGACAGCGCGGGUCCGGCUGUCAGCGGCCGAGCCCCGCCGCGGAGGGAGCCCCUCCUCCCGCCGUGCGCUCCCGGCCGGGGCAACCAUGGCGUCCAGCGAGGAGGACGGAGGUGGAAACGGCGCGGUGGAGGAGAAGGAGAAGGGCAAGAAACGGAAGCUAGGCGCCCUGGCCACAGCCUGGCUCAUCUUCUACAACGUCGCCAUGACCGCGGGGUAGUCCACUGUGCAGUUGGAAUAGUUCGCACAUCUGUGCUUGUGACUGGGGUCCAAGUGAGUUCAAGAAUCUUCAUGGUGUGGUUCAUUGCACAUAGUAUAAAACAGAUCCAGAAUGAGGAGAGCGUUAUUCUUUUUCUGGUGGUAUGGACUGUGACAGAGAUUACUCGAUAUUCCUUCUACACAUUCAACCUGCUCAACCAUUUGCCAUACUUCAUUAAAUGGGCCAGAUACAACUUUUUUAUCAUUUUGUAUCCUGCUGGAGUUGCAGGUGAACUGCUAACCAUAUAUGCUGCUUUACCCUAUGUGAAGAAAACAGGAAUGUUUUCACUGAGACUUCCCAACAAAUAUAAUGUCUCCUUUGACUACUAUUACUUCCUUAUUAUUGUCAUGUUCUCCUAUGUGCCAUUAUUUCCACAACUCUACUUCCACAUGCUGCGGCAGAGAAGAAGGGUGCUUCAUGGAGAAGUGAUUGUGGAAAAGGACGACUGAAUCAAGAUGUGUAACUAUGGUGCUUUUAGUGGAAAACAAAAAAGAGGGUAAAACCUCAAUAUUUCCUGUGAUUUUUCUGAGUCCAAGUUUUAAAACAUGGAACAAGAAUAAACAACUGUGCAUAAAAUA